AUGUUAUCUGGAUUCACAGGAGCCAUCUGCGUUACAGUCAUCCGAAAAGAAAACGAGGAUGGAUCUUCCCUUGAUGCGAAUGAGAUUAUCAACGCAUGCAAGGCAACCACCGCAGCCUACAACAAUCGCAGUCUCUCAACAACAGACCUCACUUUAACCACAAGUCCAAAAAAGCCCACCACAACACUGUCGGAAGUUCAGCUCAAUAGGAGCGCCCAGCAGAAGACAGACGACAAAGGGUCUGCUGGUGAUGCUUCAGCAAGAAUCAGCAAUCCGAAAUGCAACAAAGAUUACCAUUCUACACUUUUCACCUAUGCUGCAGGUCAACUUCAAAACAGGAAACCAUCAAGUCAACAAGGACGACCACCCCAUACCGCUUCCCUUCAAGCUCCAUUAAUGACUAAUGUUUCAAUGAACAGCAACUGCUCCGAGCACGCUCCAGGAGUCAGAAAUAACCACUCACGACUGAGUGCCCGGGGUAAAGCUCUGCUCAAUACGCCUCUACUAGAGAGUACAACACCGAACCGUCAACCACCUUCCAAUCAUCGUGCUACGGACUGCAUCAGCACUGAUCUUUAA